ACAUAAAAUAACGAAAUUUAGGAACAGGAUGACAUAAAAUAGCUCUCUGCUUGCGCAUCAAAGUAAGGGCAGAGUCCGUUCAAUAAUAAUAAUAUCCGGUGAUGGCAGCUCAGCGUCUCGUCACCGUCGGCAGCCCAACCCUCCCAAUCCCAUCCGUUACUUCCUCUCCAUGUCGCCCCUUUUCAUCGUUCCGGUCUCAUCUGCACCUCCAAAGCGGUGCGUUUUGGAAGAGGAAAACGCCGACGAAAAUCCUUAUCAGCCUCUCCUCCACAAGUAGCGGUUCUAAACUUGCUGCCUUGCCCUUCGACCUCUCACCACCUCCCAUUGAUCACGACCUCCUCGAGACUGUUACGCUUGCAGGUGCAAAGGUUUCAGAUGAUGGCAUUAUCGAAACAUUUAAUAAUGAUGAUGAAGCGUUAGAUGCCGCUGAUAAUGGUGUUGUGGUUGUGGACCUUUCACAUUUUGGACGGAUAAGAGUCAGUGGAGAAGACCGUAUCCAGUUUCUUCAUAACCAAAGCACAGCAAAUUUUGAAUGUCUUCAUGAAGGACAGGGAUGUGACACUGUUUUUGUUACACCAACAGCUCGGACGAUUGAUAUUGCGCAUGCAUGGAUCAUGAAAAAUGCAGUUACAUUAGUGGUUUCACCGGAGACCUGCCAAAGCAUAAUCAAAAUGCUGAAUAAGUACAUAUUUCUUGCUGACAAGGUAGAGAUUCAAGACAUCACCAAGCAAACUUGCUUGUUUGUUUUACUGGGACCCAAAAGCAAUCAAGUAAUGGAGGACUUGAACCUUGGCUAUCUUGUUGGACAAGCAUAUGGCACACAUCAACAUUUUAGUGUAAGUGGGAUGCCGAUUACAAUAGGGGUGGGAAAUGUCAUUUCUGAAGAAGGUUUCUCUCUAUUGAUGUCACCAGCUGCUGCUGGAUCCGUCUGGAGUACUAUUCUUUCUCAGGGUGCUAUCCCAAUGGGUUCUAAUGCAUGGGAAAAACUAAGGGUUCUUCGUGGAAGGCCGGCUCCUCAGAAAGAACUUACUAAUGAAUUUAAUGUCCUGGAGGCUGGUCUCUGGAAUUCCAUCUCUCUAAACAAGGGGUGUUACAAGGGACAGGAGACUAUAUCUAGACUCAUAACAUACAAUGGAGUCAAGCAGAGGCUCUGGGGACUUUGUCUAUCUGCGCCAGCAGAACCUGGCACCCCAAUUACACUUGAUGGGAAAAAGUUGGGAAAGGUGACAAGUUAUGCAUCUGGAAGAAAGGAAUCUGAGCAUUUUGGUUUAGGCUACAUCAAGAGGCAAACUGUUUCAGAGGGAGACACCGUAACCGUUGGAGAAAACGUCACAGGGACAGUGGUCGAAGUUCCUUUUCUUUCUCGCCAAUGUCAGCCAACCCAGAGUUCAGGUUCUUGAGGUCUGAUAAUUAUGUUGAUUUAGUUGAACUUUAAAAUUUUAAACCCUCAUAUGUAUCAUUUCUUUACCAUGCAGUUUGACAUAUAGAUCAUGUUUCUUCUUAUUGAAUCAAUGAUGGUUGCAGAUGUGCAGCGUUUUGAAUGACUCA